GAGGAGUAAGAUGAACCCUUUGUGGAACACAGUCAUCAUCGGGGGUGUGAACAAUGGAGAAAGUUUCCUGGGGUACGUGGACAAGCUGGGUGUGGCCUAUGAAGCUCCAACAUUGGCAACUGGCUUUGGGGCUUAUCUAGCGCAGCCUUUGCUGAGGGAAGCAACAGAAGCCAAUCCCAACCUCACCAAGGAUAUGGCCCGAAACUUGAUUGAGCGCUGCCUGAAGGUGCUGUACUACAGAGACGCCCGCUCCUACAACAGGUAUGAGAUCGCGACUGUGACAGAGGCUGGGGUGGAAAUCGAGGGGCCGCUGUCCACAGAAACCAACUGGGACAUCGCUCACAUGGUCAGUGGCUUUGAAUAGAAGAUGAAAGCAGUGCUGGAGCUGUCAUCAUGUCUCCCCUCGCUACUCAAGCCGCUACUCAAGAAGCCUCAGAGCUUAUCUGUAACCUAUAAACUUUUCUUGUUAUUUUAAAAGGUGAAGGAAAAAUAUAUGUACUGUAAUUUUGUACUUUGUCACAGAGUGAAUAAAGCAGCUAGGAGGAAAUGUC